GACGCAAUCUGGACCCCUCAGGUGUAAACGGAGCCUGUGUUUAUUUUUUAAUGCCGGGAAACUGGUUUUGUUCGUACUCCUGGAAUGCUUGUAGUUUGACUGGUUAUGAAGAAAAACAUUUCUAGUCGCAGACAAGUUUGAGGGCUUCAACAAGUCCGUCACCACUUCAGAGGAAGUCAUUAUUCAUGGAAAAUUAAUAAAUACUUGUGCUAUUGUAUAUUUCAGUUUGUGAUUCUGAUCUGCCUAAGAACUGACAUCUUCAUGGAGACACUGAUGAAUGCCCCCUGUAAGAUGAGUGUCAGUGAGGAGGGAGAGCAGAGGGUUGUUGUUCACUACCAGAACCAGAGAGCAUCAUUUCCAGAGCCCAGCUGUGUGUCUAUGAAGAGUGACAUAUCUAUGCAUCAUCCCCUUGAUCUCAGUGAGGAAACAUUUAACACCAGAAAUAAAAUCUUGAAGACACAGAAAAACGCCACCUCAAAACUGAGUCCCUUUGAGGUGAGAGAGGAGGGGGAUUUUGUUCAUUACCAGAACCAGAGAGCAUCAUUUCCAGAGCCCAGCUGUGUGUCUUUGAAGAGUGAUAGAUCUAUGCAUCAUCCCCCUGAUCUCAGUGAUGGAACAGUGACCUCAGUCUGUGUUGUGGAUAGAGAUGAUCAGACUAAAAUCCUGAAGCAGGUUCUUCACCAACCAGUUGAUGAUGAACUACAGAGAGUCAAAGACCAACAUAAAACCAGCAUGAAGAACAAGUAUGAAAAAUUAUUUGAGCCAGUCAAACUACAAGAUAAUCAAACCCUCCUAAACAGGAUCUACACACAGCUCUACAUCAUAGAGGGAGAGAGUGAAUGGGUGAAUGAAGAACAUGAGGUUUUACAUGUUGAGAAAACACCCAGAACACAACACUCACAAGACACUCCAAUCUACUGUAAUGAUAUAUUUAAACCCUCAACGGAACCAGGAUGUGAGAAGAAAGACAAAAUAAAGGUUGUUCUUACCAAAGGCAUUGCUGGAAUUGGAAAAACUGUCUCUGUACAGAAGUUCAUUUUGGACUGGGCGGAGGGAAAAGCCAAUCAAGAUGUAGAUUUUAUGUUUGUGCUUCCAUUUCGCGAGCUAAACUUGAUUCAAGAUAAUCAGUACAGUCUUCACAGACUUUUGCUUGACUUUCAUCCUAAACUUCAUGAACUGAACCCAAGGAAUUAUGAGGAGUGCAAAGUUGUGUUCAUCUUUGAUGGUCUGGAUGAAAGUAGAAUUGCACUGAUGUUUUCAGACAAUGAGAAAGUUUCUGAUGUGACUGAGGCUUCAUCAGUGGGUGUGUUUAUGUCAAACCUUCUGAAAGGAGAACUGCUUCCCUCUGCUCUCAUCUGGAUCACCUCCAGACCAGCAGCAGCCAAUCAGAUCCCUUCCAAAUACAUCAACCGUGUGACAGAAAUUCAGGGAUUUGAUGAGCCUCAGAAGGAGGAAUACUUCAGGAAGAGAAUAAGUGAUGAGGAUCAAGCUAGCAGAGUCAUCUCCCAUAUUAGAAAAGCAAGAAGCCUCCACAUCAUGUGCCACAUACCAGUCUUCUGUUGUAUCUCAGCCACUGUUCUUGAAAAAAUUGUAAAACAAGAUACAGAAAUCCCACAAACUCUGACGGAAAUGUACAUCCACUUCCUGCUCAUUCAGACAAGCAUGAAGAAUCUGAAGUAUGAAGAGAGAGAUACAGAAAAACUUAUGCAGUCCAACAAAGAAGUGAUUGUGAAACUUGGAGAACUGGCUUUCGACCAGCUGAUGAAGGGUAAUGUCAUGUUCUAUGAGGAGGACUUGAGAGAUUGUUGCAUAGACAUCACUGACGCAGGGUAUUCUGGGAUUUGCACUGAGAUCUUUAAGCAGGAAUCUGUGAUUAAGCACAGGAAAGUGUACUGCUUCAUACAUCUGAGCUUUCAGGAGUUUCUAGCUGCUUUCUAUGUGUUUUUCUCACAUUUGAUGAAGAACAUGGAGCCAUUACAAUUGUUUCUCCAUGAAGAAUGUGAACAUUAUGAAUAUAAGCAAGAGAGGUAUCAGGGAAAUGCUUUGUGUAAGUUACUAACGUCAGCUGCAAGCAAAUCUCUUAAGAGUAAAAAUGGACACCUGGAUCUUUUUCUGCGGUUCCUGCUGGGCAUCUCACUGGAGUCCAAUCAGAGACUCUUACAGAAUCUACUGACAUACACGGAGAACAGCUCAGAAGCCAUCAAAGAAACCGCACAGUACAUUAAAGACACAAUCAAUUGUUAUAAUCUCUCAGCUGAUAGAUCCAUCAGUCUGUUCCUCUGUCUACUAGAAGUGAAUGACCAGACUUUAUGCAAAGAGAUUCAGGAGUAUGUCAAAUCAGACCAACACUCAGAGAAGAAACUCUCUCCUGUUCACUGCUCAGCAAUAGCCUACAUGCUUCAGAUGUCAGAGGAGGUGCUGGAUAAGUUUGAGCCUACAAAAUACAACACAUCAUAUGAAGGUAGAUGGAGACUGAUACCAGCUGUGAUGAACUGCAGAAAAGCUCUACUUGCUGGAUGUUGUCUCUCUAAUCAGCACUGUGAAACUGUGUGUUCAGCUCUACAAUCAUCAAACUCCAAUCUGAGAGAGCUGGACAUGAGUAACAAUGACCUGCUGGAUUUAGGAGUAAGGCUGCUCUGUGCUGGACUGAAGAAUUCACACUGUCAGCUGAACAUACUGAGACUUGCCGGAUGCUGUCUCUCUGAUCACCACUGUGAAAGAUUGUCUUCUGCUCUACAAUCAUCAAACUCCUGUUUGAGAGAACUGGACCUGAGUAACAAUGACCUACAGGAUUCAGGAGUCAAGCUACUCUCUGCUGGAUUGAGGAAUUCACACUGUCAACUGAACAUACUGAGAUUGGCAGGUUGUAGAUUGACUGGUCAGUGUUGUGAAAGUUUGUCUUCAAUUCUACAAUCAUCAGACUCCCAUCUGAGGGAGCUAGACCUGAGUAACAAUGACCUGCAGGAUUCAGGAGUGACGCUGCUUGCUGCUGGACUGAAGAGUUCACAAUCACAACUGAACACACUGAGAUUGGUCAUCUGUAACCUCACGGAUCUGUGCUGUGAAAGUUUGUCUUAAGCUCUACAGUCAUCAAACUCCUGUCUGAUAGAGCUGGACCUGAGUAACAACGACCUGCAGGAUUCAGGAGUAAAGCUACUCUCUGCUGGACUGAAGAGUACAGAGUGUCAACUGAACAUACUGAGAUUGUCUGGCUGUAAGGUGACUGAGGAAGGCUGCCGUUAUGUGUCUUCAGCUCUGAGUUCAAACCCCUCACACCUGAGAGAACUGGAUCUGAGCUACAAUCACCCAGGAGAAUCAGGAGUUAAGCUGCUCUGUGAUAUAUUGAACAAUCCAAACUGUGCACUGGACAAUCUCAAUGUGGAUCAUGGAGAGGAGCUCAGGAUUACAGCAGGACUACAGAAAUAUGCCUGCACUCUCACACUAGAUCCAAACACAGCAAACAGUCAUCUAAUUAUUUCUGAUGAGAACAAAAAGGUGACAUAUGUGGAAAAAAGUCAGUCAUACCCUGAUCAAGCAGGGAGAUUUGAUGGAUGGCCUCAGGUUCUCUGUAGAGAGAGUCUGUCUGCACGCUGUUACUGGGAGGCUGAAUGGAGCGGAUAUGUUGUUACAUCAGUUGCAUAUAAAGGAAUCUACAGAAAAGGAUGGAAUGAAUUCUCUGAGUUUGGAUACAAUAGGAACAACAGAAAUUCUUGGAGUCUGAUCUGCUCUGACACAUUCAUUGCCUGUCAUGAUAAUAAGGAAACUGUCAUACGCGUCCCUUCAUUCUCUUCUAAGAGAGUAGGAGUGUAUGUAGACUGGUCGUCUGGCACUCUGUCCUUCUACAGUGUCUCACACACUCACACACUUACACACAUUCACUUCCACAUUCACUGAGCCCCUUUAUGCUGGUUUUGGGGUUUAUCGUUCAAACUGCUCAGUGGCUCUAUGUGAGAUUAAAAAGUCUGUCUCUCACACACACACCUGAUUGAAGUAAAUGUUAUAAUGGCCUGUUUAUCUUCACACAAAAGUGGAUUUAUCUUUCAAAUAAUAUAAUGUAAUUUAAUGAGCAAAGGAGUUUAGCCUUAGCAAUGAGAUCAUUCAGUUAUUCGAUUUAUCAUUACUUUAUCUGUAGCAAUUACCUCAAAGGUAUUUAUGUUUAAAUUAUUUUAAAUACAAAUAUUUUUAUAAGCUGUAAGAAUUAACUGAUGUAGCAGUAUUAAAAUUACAAUCAACUAAUCUGUUCGUCCAGUGAAUAUUCUGUAUAAUCAUCUAGCAAAUCUAAAAAACAUUAUUUUCCUGCUACUCCAUAGCAUGUAGCAAUUUCAGAUUGUUUAACCCUCUGAAGUCGAUUAACGCGUAUACGUGUUUUGGGGUAUUUUCUCCUGAUAAUCCCGAAAAGAACUUAAAUUACACUUUCAGUUUUGAUCGUACAGAUAAGAGCAAUA